GCUAGAUCAACCUACGAAGGGAUGAUCCUUGCUAGUCCUGAGAAAAGGCCAUUUGUGUUAACCAGAGCAGGUCAUGUUGGAAGCCAAAGAUACGCUGCCACAUGGACCGGUGACUAUCUUUCAAGUUGGAUACAUCUUUGAAUGAGUAUACCAAUGUCACUAAACUUCGGUUUAAGUGGACAACCAUUCUCCGGGCCUGAUAUUGGUGGUUUUGGUGGAAACGCUACACCUCAAAUGUUUGCGCGGUGGAUGGGUAUUGGGGCCAUGCUUCCAUUUGCACGUGGCCAUUCAGAGAAAGGGACCGUGGAUCAUGAACCCUGGGAAUUUGUGAAAGAGUGUGAAGACGUCUACAGGCAGGCACUGUACAGGAGAUAUCGGAUACUGCCGCACCUAUAUACUCUAUUUUGCAAGGCACAUACGACAGGAGUUCCGAUAAUGUCUCCUUUGUUCUUCGCUGAUCCUAAAGAUGAGAAACUUCGUAAGGUGGAAGACAGUUUUCUUCUGGGACCUCUCCUGGUUGCAGCAUGUACUAAAGCUGGCAAGAAACCUGAUCCAAAGAAGACUGUCCUACCAAAUGGGUUGUGGCAGCUCUUUGAUUUCGAUGACUCACAUCCGGAUUUACCGUUACUGUUCCUCAAGGGAGGAUCUAUCAUCCCGACUGGUCAGGUUUCACAGUACACGGGUGAUGUCAGUGAGAAUGAUCCCAUCACACUCAUCAUAGCUCUUGAGGAAGAAGGAAAAGCAGAAGGGACACUCUACGAGGAUGAUGGAGAUAGUUUUGAAUAUAAAAAAGGACAGUUCUUGCUUACUCGUUACUCUGCUGCCCUGCUCUCCAGCUCCACCGGAGGUUCAAGUGGAAAAAAGAUCGUCAUCAAAAUCACCCAGUCGGAUGGUUAUCUUAGCAGGCCCAAGCGUCCUCUCAAAGUGCGCAUUUUGCUCGCAAAUAAAGCGGAGCUUGAGGGUGAAGGUGUCGAUGGCGAGGAAUUGACUGUCGACCUGCCUUCACGACUCGACAUGGCCCAGAUCACGACUCUCAUCCAACAGCAGGAUCUGCCAAAGGAAGAUGAUGAGAAUAUUCCAGAUGAAGCCGAUCACAAGACCUCAGAGAGCCUUGCAGUUCCUCCAACGACUCUGCUGGAUCUGAAAAUUGGUGACUGGUCCCUAAAAGUGGCACCCUGGAUUGGUGGUCGGAUUGUUUCUAUGAUCCACGAGCCCACAGAGACCGAAUGGCUGGAAGGAAAACUGGAGCAUGGAGCGUAUGAAGAGUACAGUGGGGUCGAAUAUCGAUCUCCUGGCUGUGUGGAACAGUAUGAUGUCAAAAAGGAGCAGUCAGAAAUAGAAGGAACAGACGGUGUAGUUAUGGAAGGUGACAUUGGUGGAGGAUUGGUGAUGUGUUGUCAAAUUGGCGGCAAGGGAGCUGAUUCAAAAAUAGUAUAGAUAAGCUCCUCAAUUGAGGCUAGAUCUGUUGGUGCUGGUUCAGGUGGAUUUUCUAGGUUGGUGUGUUUGAGGGUGCAUCCAUCUUUCAAAGUUGCCGCCUAUGAACUGGCAUUGGUGAAGUUGACAUCCAUCAGUGGAGAAGCUCGAGAAAUAGUCCCGAAGCCCGGCGAUAUAAUGUUGACAGCAGACGACUGACCAAAUGGAGAGUGGGCAUUCUUAGACAAAGAGAACGGAGUGGCCAUCGUGAACAGAUUCAACCCAGAGCAGGUGUUCACGUGUGUAAUCCACUGGUCAGCAGGCAUUUGCAACUUGGAGCUUUGGUCUGAGGAAAGGCCCGUUUCCAAGAAACACCUCUUCAGAUAUGUCAUGAAUAUGAGACUGUCAGUGAGCAGGAGUUGCUUCAGUCUCAGCCUUGAGCGUGGCGGCCUCCACGAUCUUCUGACUCUUGUUCUAUGGGAAGGUUUGAGAGCCGACCUCAUCGUUUUGCCCGGAUCGAGUUGUGUCGUGGUAUUAAGCCUGUCAAUUGUUGAAGAGCUUGACUGUUAACAGGCUUGAGCAAAUAGCAUAAUUCUGUACAGCUGUACACCGUUGGAAUGUAAAUCUUUGAGUAAUAUUCUUUGCAG